UCUCGUAAAGGCGGCAGAAUAUAUAAUAAAAUUAAAUUCUGGCAAUUGAGUACACACAGAUGUCUGCAUCAACCGGAUAGUCGAUGGUUACCGAUAGAGAGAUUAACGGGUAUCGGUAAAAGCCGUGCCGUAAAUCUCGUGUUAAAGGGACGACUAAACAAAGCUUCCCAACCUGAAAGGAUUUGCUCACGUGUUGCUGCAAUAUCGUGCUUUUAAAUGAUGCGGGAAUCGAAAAACAUGAACGAAAGUGAACUUCGCGCACUGCUGAGUAAUUUGCGGAUGUCGAAGCAAAAGGGCGAGUUAGACACUGACGAGAAACUCGCGCAACAGACUGUCAAAUGGCGAAAUACUUUAGAGUACAGUGUUUUGGAAACAUGUGCCAAGCAUCACAGCGAAGAGUGCAGGCUGGGGAUGUUAGCACUCUUGGUGGAGUCGAAAAAGAGCACGUUACGCUUCUCGUGCAAGGAACUUGAUAUGAUUUUGUUAUUUUUGAAGUACAAUUUAUGUGAAAAGAUGGAAUAUGUACCCUUAAUUAAGAAGGCUCUAAAACGGUUGAAGGAUAGUCUAGCUGUUAUGCAGAGACAAUUGGCUCAAGAAAUUAAAAUGAGAAAUCAUUGCAAGGAACAAGAUAUCACUUCCGAAGCUUACGAAAAUGCUUUGGCUCUAUCUUAUCAAACAUCUGAACAAAUUGAACGAGAUGUGAAAGAUUAUAUCACGUUUUUUGUAAACUUGCGUGAAAUUUGCGUGAGUAAUUUGUAUCCAGACGCAACGUAUACUCGUAGACGCUCCAGCUUACAGAUACUUUUAUUGAUGCAAGAUCUCCUUUAUAAUGAGUUUAAAGAUGUUGAAUGGAAGAUAUACCAAGCUAAUACAAUAAUGCAGUGUUUACUGUUGGAUACAUAUGAACCAAAUAAGGAAAUGGCAUAUCAAAUAAUAAAGACUAUGAAUCCAACGUUGUUGCAAAUUACUGCCUUUAUUCUUCAGGAGGCAUUAAAUUUGGCAAAAAAGAACAUAGGUAUGGCAAUCAUUAACAAUUCUUUAUACGGACAUUUAUUCUGCAUAAGAAGUUUGCUUUCUGACUGUAAUUUGAGAGACGUAGGGAUGAGCAAACCAUGGCAAAAUGCCAUAGCUGAUAUUAUAUUACUGUGUUUUGAAUUAAAUCAUACUGUUUCUGUGAUAGUGAAUAACUCUUCACCGGAAGGACAUUUACCAAUGGAUUUGGAAAUGUUAAACUUUAACGACGUAUCAUUUCCAGAGAAAGAAAUAAUAACGCCACAAAUGGUGUUACUUUGUUCUUGGCGUACUGUUAAAGAAGUUAGCCAAUUAUUUGGUCUACUUGCCACCAAGGCAUCGAUACAAACUGCGGAAUCUCAAAAUGGACUGCUAACAGAGAAGCAAAUUGAGCACAUAAUGAAACAUCUAGUCUCAUUAUUAUGCGAAACAAAACACAGAGGUGCGUUUGAACAAGUGUACGUUGGUUUUCAUCAAUUAUGCAUGCGGUUGUGGCGGUCAACGAACAAGACUCUAAAUGCACUUCCUACGCAUUGGCUACACAAUAUUUUAAUAGGUAUAACGGGAUUAAUGCCAGGAUAUUCGAAAUUAUGUGCAACAAGGAGAAGCGCCGGUGUUCCAUUUAUGAUUCAGGCAGUGUUAUCUUCGGAACCAAAAAUUCAUAAUAAUUCAGAAAUUUCCACAUUUCAUUCGGUUAUGAAAAUUUUAUUACAAUUCUCACAACUUGAAAAUACAAUUAAUCUGUGGCAAAAAGUAAAGCACAUAAUGUAUAAAGAUACUAUAUUUUCCAAGUAUGAACAUUUAACGGAACCGUUAAUAGAGAAUAGGAACGAUUAUGAUUGUACAGAAAUUAAACUUGAUGUAACCGAGAUAAAAACUCAUUCUAUGAACAUCCUUAGAGCUUUAUUUAGGCAUUCACAACUCGGAGACAUGGUUAAGAAUUAUAUCGCGGAUGGUUUGAUAGUUGCCUUUAGAAAUUAUGAAAGUAAAACAUGGGCAGAAUGUAAUGCGGCUACGUUAUUGUUUAGUGCACUUAUCAUCCGAAUUUUUGGUGUUCAGAGAACCAAAGAUCACGUCAACUUGACAACGGAUAACAAAAUGACAGGAAGAAUAUUUUUCGAAAGAUAUCCCAAUUUGUUGCCUUUUAUUCUAAAUGAAUUACGAACCUUUAUAUCGAUUAAUGAUAACGUGAUAAAAUCAAACGUACAAGCGAUUUUAUUAUUAUUAUCACGAUUGUAUAUUAGUUACCAUUUCGACAGCACUGACGUUACGUGGAAGAUAAAUGAAUUUGUUAAUUUGAUAUCACAAUGCGCUAAAAGCCCUGUAUAUGAAACACGUAAACUUGUAGCCAGAGCAUUGGUACCCUUAUUAACAGAGGCUACAGUUCACAAUAUUGUGAAAAAGUUAUUUCUAAUUUUAUGUACAGCACGAGAUACUCGAAUCUCGAUGAAUCUAACACAUGGCUAUUUGUUACAAAUAUUAGAGAUCUUAACAAGAUUGCCAUCUGUCCAUGUACAGUUAUCAAUAUCUGAUGUUACAAAUUUUUUAAGCUCAACAGAUUGGAUAUUGAAAGGAUUGGAGAAAAGAACUAAUAUGUUUAGUUGUUUUCUUGUAGCAAGUGUAUAUGUCGACAUCAUUCGUGAAUUAUAUAAUUUAAAUAAAAAUAUGAUUGAAAAUUGUAAAGAUGAUAUAUUGUAUAUAUUGCAAGAACAUUUAAUUAAGAAAGUUCUAUUAAGACAAGGAGCAGGCGAGCAAAUAUACAAAGUAUCUGUAAUCAAAUUCAUACUUUGCGUUGGGAAAAAUUCGAAUUUCUUCCAAACUGUGCACAAUGAGCAAAGUAAAGCGUUCAUCAUAUAUUCGCGGCUUUUGAUCAUGCCGGAAGCCGAAAUACAAAGCAUUACCUGGACCACUGUUUUUGAAGUAUUGAAGAAAGAAUCUAAUCAAUCAAGAGAAUUAUUAAGAUCUUAUGCUAUUUGCGUAGCUAUUGAUUUUGCCAAAAAUUUAUAUAAAUAUAAUCCUAAAUUACAAGAUGCGAUUUUCGAUUUCUUGUAUAACAGUCUGAUGGAUAUAAAUGAAUGUUGUCUCUCUGACAAACGUAAAAUUUGUAAUUUGGUUCUUAGAGAACUGCAUCAACAUAGUGCAAGCAAUAUUUAUUCUCAACGUGUUAAUUACUUGAGAUUGCUAGGAAAAUGUAUGAUGACAUUACUUCAUGAAUUACAGGAUGAACAGCUUGCUAUCAAACAUACAGAGACUGUCUAUAGAACAGUCUGUGAUAAUAAUUGGAUUAGUUCGUUACGUAUGGAUUUCAGAUCAUCAAUUUUCGAUAUAUUAUAUGGACUUUUUGAAAAAACCAAUAUUAGUAUCGAAUAUUACAACCCCAUUUUGGAUUUGUGGACGGUACUGUUACAAUUAUUACUUGAUGAUAAUGCAGACAUUCGACACGAAGCGUCCAAACUGCUUUGUAGAAUUAAACCAUGCAACGAAUUAAGAUGUAUACAAGAAACUUUAUCGAUAUUCUUUCAAAUCUUCGGCGAAAUGGUCGCUGAUAAGCACCCCGAAAUAGCAAUUAGCGCUCUUUUUUGCUGGAGUAUUUCGUUAUUUGGGGAUACAGAUUACGAAAUGGACGAAACAGACGUAUUCAAUAAAUGUAGGAAUUAUGAUGUUUUUGAACCCGUAAGGAUAUCGUAUUUAUGUUUUGAUUUAGUGAAAUUGAUAAUACAAAAAUAUUCCAUUAAUAGACCGUUACCAUCGAAUGUUGUGAGAUGGAUAAAUUAUCAUUUAGAUAGCAAUUUUCAUACAAUGUUUUCAUCAUUUAGAGGAAUUGUGCGUGAUUAUCGGUGCGAGCCGCCGUCACUCCAAAACAAGUUGGAAGACAUUUUGGAUCCGACAUAUAAAGAUAAAUUAUUGCAAAUUUUAACAUAUGAAAAGUAUAGGUCUUUAUAAUAUCGGAUCUCCGCAUUUUGUCACAUAUUUGUACUUAACAUUACAUAUUGUAAAUAAAUAAAUUUAAUAAAAGUUACAUAUUUUACUG